CCGGGAAAUAGGCGAAUAAAAUGAGAUACAGUUUUGCGUUUAGUAACCUACUUGGCUCAGUGUACUGUGAAGGGAAUUUGACUUUCCUGGGUCGCACAGACUCACUUCUCAGUCCAGUUGGAAGGAGAUUGACUCUCUUUGAUUUAAAACGCAACUCUUCAAGGACUUUUCCUUUCGAAAGUAAUAAGAAUAUUGAAAGGGUUGCAGUGUCUCCUGAUGAGAGCUUGAUAAUAACAGUUGACAGAGGUGGACGAGCUCUUCUUGUUAGUUUGUUGAAGUCAGCAGUUUUGCAUCAUUUUAAUUUUAAACAUCCAGUUGAAGAUAUAAAAUAUAGUCAAUGUGGAAGCUUUUUUGCUAACACUCUUGGGAGACGUGUGCAAGUGUGGCAUUGUCCAGGACACACAAAGGAGUUUGCUCCUUUCAAAUUGUUUUGCACAUUUUCUGGCUUUCAUGAUGAUACAGUCUGGGUUGACUGGUCAUACGACAGUCGAUUUAUAGUUGUUGGAUCAAAGGAUAUGACUGCAAGAAUAUACAAUGUUGGAGACUCGCCAAGAUAUCAGCCAGUUACACUGUCUGGUCAUCGAACUUCACUUGUGGCAUGCUUCUUCCAGGGCCAAUCGCUGAAUGUGUAUACCAUAGCCAAAGAUUGUGCGGUAUAUGUGUGGCAUGUUCGGAAACAAGAAGACCAGGCAGUUGAGGCAUUAACGCAAACAACUUCUGACACAGACUUUGUCCCUGCCACAAAGCGUGCUAAACUUGAUCACAAGUGGGAACUAGUGGACAGGCACUUGUUCUUACAGAAGCAUACGACAGUUUCUUGUGCUCAACUACAUCAUGCUAGAGAUUUGUUAGUUUUGGGGUAUACAAAUGGGGUUUUCUCGCUGUAUGAAAUGCAAGACUUUCAAGAGAUACAUUCAUUUAGCGUCUCAAAUCAAACUAUCACUUCAGUCUCCGUAAACCAAACAGGUGAAUGGCUUGCAUUUGGUUGUGCAGGGAUCGGACAGCUUGUUGUCUGGGAAUGGCAGUCAGAGUCAUUUAUAUUGAAACAACAAGGACACUACUAUGAUGUAAAUGUAUUGGCUUACUCUCCAGAUGGGCAAUGGAUUGCAACAGGUGGUGGUGAUGGAAAGGUGAAGAUGUGGGAUACUGUCUCUGGCUUCUGCUUUGUGACAUUUCAUAAGCAUACUGCAGCAGUGACUGGGGUAGAGUUUGGUAAUGCUGGUCAAUUUAUAAUGAGUUCAUCUCUAGAUGGAACUAUAAGGGCAUUUGACUUACACAGAUAUCGCAAUUUUAGGACCUUUACUUCUCCUCGUCCUGUUCAGUUUUCCUGUGUAGCAGUUGGGAAAAGUAGCGACAUUGUUUGUGCUGGAUCUCAAGACUCUUUUGACGUGUUUCUGUGGUCUGUACAGACUGGGCGACUUCUUGAAGUAUUGUCAGGCCACAAUGGACCAGUUAGCUCAUUGGCAGUUGGUGUUUCCAAUGGAAUUAUUGCAUCAGCAUCAUGGGAUAAAACCGUGCGUGUUUGGGAUGUUUUUGAGAGAAAGGGUGCUGUCGAAGUCUUCCAUUUAAAUUCAGAUGCUCUUGCACUAUCCUUUAGUCCUGAUGGUCAUGAGUUGGCUGUAUCAACGUUGGAUGGCAAUGUUUCUUUGUGGAAUAUUGACAGUUCUACUCAGUUAGGCACUUUAGAAUGCCAUCGAGAUAUGUGUGAAGGAAAGUACAAGAAAAAUAAGCAACGGUACUUUGCUAGUUUGUCAUACUCAUCUGAUGGCAGUCUUCUAUUAGCUGGUGGAAGGUCCAGAUUUGUGUGCUUGUACAGUGUUUGUGAACAGGUGCUGUUAAAAAAGUUCAAGCUAUCAGAGGCAGUAUCCAAAAAAGCUUUACUUGCCUCUGAGGGGUGGUCAGAAGCUAGUGCUUUAACAGUAGAGGGUGGCAGCGACAGUGAUAGAGAAGACAUUGCAUUGCCUGGAGUGUUGAAAGGUGACAUGAGUGAGAGACGUAGUAUUCCUGAGAUUAGAACUAAUUGCAUUCAGUUCUCUCCGACUGAUCAGUCAUGGGCUGUUGGAACAAAUGAAGGCCUUCUCAUUUAUAGUUUGGAUCAGAAGCUUACAUUUAAUCCUUAUGAUCUUACGGAAAGUGUUACUCCUGAUGCUAUAUUGGAAGCACUUACUGCACAAGAACUGAAUCGGGCUCUGACGAUGAGUCUGAAGUUGAAUGAGCUUUCAGUGAUUCAGCAUGUAAUUGAAGCUAUUCCAUUGGCAAACAUUGAUACUGUGACUGACUCUUUGCUUGACCAGCAAUUAGACAUUUUGCUGAGAUUUGUUGCGAGUCAGUUGGAAUCAUCAAGGCAUUUGGAACUAUAUUUGACUUGGUGUAGUGUAUUGCUGAACAAGUACACUCGCAAUCUUAAACAAAGAUCAUCUACUGUUUCAACUAUUGUACAAAUCUUGCAGAGGAACCUUUCCAGGCAUCUCAAUGAUCUAGGAUCGUUAGUUUCAGGGAACACUUACUUGCUGGAGUUUUUGGUGUCUUUAGGAGACAACUUUCCUGAUGGCAACUGAAGAUGUAUUGUCUUACAGUUUGGGAGCAUAUAGUACUCUUUGUUAGUUGGCUUAUCGUGUACAAAGAUGGUGAAUAUGUUUCAGUUUACUUCUGUCAGCAACUCAAUACAAUAUUGUUUCU